AUGGCUUCUACGACCAAGACUUUUCACCACGCGCCUUAUCCCGCAAUAUCAGCCGAGAAUCCCUCUAACAGUCAGGCGGGGAAAACUGUUCUCAUCACUGGGAGCGCCUCGGGCGUUGGCUAUGAAAUCGCUAAUAAGUUCGCCCAAGCCGACGCGUCUCGUAUCAUCAUCUCUGGUCGCAAUUCGAAAACAGUGAAUAAAGCGGCUACAGAUCUAACAAAGGAAGCCAAAUCCAGUGAAAUUCUCACUCGAGUGUUCAGCAUCAGCGAAGAAGCCAGCAUCGACCAGCUGUGGGAGUCUUUCUCCAAUGAGGGCAUCCUCAUUGAUGUUCUCAUACUCAAUGCCGCUGACACGUCUGGUGGGCCAGUCAAUCCAUUGCUGAAAGCAUGGCCUCAGUUCCGAGCCAUGUUCAAUACCAACGUCUUCGGCAAUGUCCUUAUGACGGCGAGGUUCCUCGAUUCACCGAAUUCCGUCAAUAGACAGAAAACACUUAUCAACCUCACGAGCUGUUUAGCACACAGCAACCCGGCACGGCUCCAAGCCGCCUACUCCGCCAGCAAGGUCGCCUCUUCUUCCUUUUUCCAGCACCUUGCCCAAGAGAUACCUGUUGAGCAGUGUCGAAUCAUCAAUCUUCAUCCCGGUCUCAUACCGAACACGUCUUCCACUGGCAAGGCUCCUCCAGAGCUUAUCAAGAUGGUCCGAUGGGACGAAGCCAGUCUUCCUGCUUCAGUUUGCGUUUGGGCAUCUACUCCAGCUGCAUCUUUCUUGCAUGGUCGAUUCAUUUGGUCCAACUGGGACGUCGAGGAACUUGCGCAGCGCGAAACUAAGUUGCAUGAGCCAGGAUAUCUGAGGAUCGGACUUCAAGGUGUCGAAUACGUUGACGUCACGAAACUCUUCGACCAGAUUCGUGAAAAAGAUGCCAGUGGAACUCAAUAA